GAAGACAACAUGGAGGUGUUUAUCUCCUCUCACAGCUUAAAGUUCAGUAAAGUUGAGUUCGCAGACGGAGCUUCAGUCAGAGAUGUUCUGCUCAGGUACACCGAGGGACAGGGUUUGUCCUCGGAGGACUUCUACGUGCUCAGAGACGGCCGGGUGUCAGAUCUCCAGGAUCGUCUGCAGCAUGGAUCCGUCUAUCGCCUGGAGCCGCGGCUCAGGGGAGGCAAAGGAGGGUUCGGCUCCAUGCUUCGAGCUCUUGGCGCUCAGAUCGAGAAGACGACGAAUCGUGAAGCCUGCAGAGAUCUGAGCGGCCGUCGCCUCCGAGACGUCAACCACGAGAAAGAGAUGGCGGAGUGGCUGAAGAAGCAGGCGGAGCGCGAGGCGGAGAAGGAGCAGCGGCGUCUGGAGCGGCUCCAGAGGAAACUGGCCGAACCCAAACACCAGUUCACCGACCCGGAGUACCAGCAGCAGUGCCACGACCUGUCGGAGCGCCUCGAGGACUCCGUGCUCAAAGGUCUCCAGGUGUCCUGCAGCUCUCAGGUGAAGGUGGACGACGUCUCUGCCGUGAAGAGACGGAGCUCAGACGACAGCGAGCAGCCGGAGCAGAAGAAGAAGAAGCAGAAGAAGACGGCGGCGGCGGCGUGUUUCUGGACGGGCGUGGGCGACCUGCCGAGCUCAGAGGAGGAAGACGAGGAGGAGGAAGAUGAGGACGAGUCUCCGUCCACGUCCUCCAGCUGUGGAGCGGCUGCUGCUGUCGCCAUGACGACACAGAGGAAGGAUGACGACUCUCCAUCCUCAUCCUCCAGCUGUGGAGCGGCUGUUGCCAUGACGACAGAGACGAAGGAUGACAACUCUCCAUCCUCAUCCUCCAGCUGUGGAGCGGCUGUUGCCAUGACGACACAGAUGGAGGCGGAGGACUCUCCAUCCUCCAGCUGCUCCACGUCCUCUCAGACCGUCACCAGAACCUCAGAGACCAGCUGCUCUCAGCAGCCUCAGCGUGUCCCUGCGGCGGCGGUCCAGCCCCCGGCGGCGGUGGACGUGUCCCCGGUGGCGGUGGACGUGUCCCCGGCGGCGGUGGUGGACCCAUCCUCGGUGGCUGACCCGUCCCCGGCGGUGGACGUGUCCUCGGCGGCGGUGGUGGACCCAUCCUCGGUGGCUGACCCGUCCCCGGCGGUGGACGUGUCCUCGGCGGCGUCCCCCCAGCAGCUGGAGUCUCUGGGUCUGGACGUCCUGAAGGAGGAACUGAUGUCUCGCGGGUUGAAGUGCGGGGGGACGCUGGCGGAGCGCGCCGCCCGGCUGUUCUCGGUGCGCGGGCUGACGGCGGCGCAGAUCAACCCGGCGCUGCUCGCCAAACCCGCCAAGACCAAGAAGAAGUGAAGAGGUCAAAGGUCGCGGAGGUUUCAGAUUAAAGGGACGGUCCGACAUUUGUUUGAAUCUGUUUUUUAUUUUUUCUAUUGACAGGAAGUGGAACAUGUAGUCAGGUGAUUCUGG